AUGCCGAGAGUCAGGCGCUUCCGCGGGCUGCGGUCGCCCUUCCGCGGGGCCACCCGCACGGUCAACACGGGGGACCUGCCCGCGGCGAUGCGCGGUGGAGGCGUCGUUGGCAUCGCAGGUCAUCGCGACUGGGUCACCUGCCGCGGUUUCGCGGUCGACCCUGGGACCUUGGGCAAGAGGACCCUGAAGUAUUUGAUUGAGCAGGACACCCAGAGAGGGUUGACGGGCAAGGUUGACGGGCUUUCUGCUGGGCCCCUCCUCCAGCCGAUGGUCAAGCAGCUCCAGUCUCUCAGAGCGCCUGGCCGAGGGGUAGAAGCCGCGUUGGUCGCUGGAGUUGCGCCAGGGGGCUACGCCACGCAGCGCUGUCUUUUUGAGGACAGCCGCGCCCUCAGCCCUUUGCGCAGGUGGUGCGGGGCCUUCACUGGCGCGCCCAAGCGCGGAUUUGUCGGCUGCGACGGCAGCAAGCUCGCGCGGGAAAGCCUCGACAUUGGAGAUGUCCUGGGGCUCGGGG